GCAAUACGCAAGAAUGCGUAUACAGCUUUGCUUUGCUAGUGGGUGAAAAAACCAUAGGGAGACCUGAGCAGUGCUUAGCUAGGCGUCGUCUCCUCCGUUUCGUCGAUCCCUGCCUCCGCGCUCCACCCUAACUGGCCGGCCGUCGUUGUGUUGCGACGGGGAGGAACAUCAGAUCGUCGCCAAGGGCAGUAGUAGUACCACUACCAUGGCGUCGCCAAACAGCAGGCAGCAGCAGCAGCACUGGCCGAGCAUGUUCCGCUCCAAGCACGGCAGCCAGGUGUGGCAGUCGCAGCCCGACAUGACCGGCUCGCCCCCCUCCCUCGUCUCCGGCUCCGCCGCCGCCGCCGGCCACUCCUUCAAGGCCCCCUUCUCCUCAGGGCCUGAUCAGGAGAGGAACACCGACACAAAGCCGCGGUGGAACCCCCGGCCGGAGCAGAUCCGGAUCCUGGAGACGCUCUUCAACUCCGGCCUGAUCAACCCGACACGCGACGAGAUACCCCGCAUCCGCAUGCGCCUGCAGGAGUAUGGCCCGGUCGGCGACUCCAACGUCUUCUACUGGUUCCAGAACCGCAAGUCCCGCUCCAAGAACAAGCUGCGCAACGCGGCCGCGCGCGCCGCUCCCGUCCGGGCCUGCGCCCCGGCACGCCAGCAGGCCGCCGCGCCGUAUACGCCACCUCCCAAGCAGUUCCAUCCGCCGAAGCCGCCGCUCUUCUCGCCGGUGGCUCCCACGUCUUCUUCCUCUUCCUCCUCCGACCGGUCGUCCGGAUCCAGCAAACCGGUGAAGCCGGCUGCCACGCAGGACAUGUCCGCGACGGCGGCCAUGGACCUGCUCUCGCCGCUUGCCGCGGCGUGCCACCAGCAGAUGCACUACCAGUUCGGCCUGGGCCAGACCCCCGUGUCUACUCCGGCUCAGGCUCCGGCUCCUGCGCCAACGUUGGACGAGUUCGUCGCCACCGACGUCGAGCCGAUCUUCCUGCAGUACCCGCAAGGGCACUGCGUGUCUGCGGGGGAGCUCGCCGCCAUCCUGGGCGCGCAGUACAUGCCGGUGCCUGCCGUGCAGCAGCCACCGGUGGCAUCGCCCGCCGGCAUGUUCUUGGGGCUCUGCAACGACGUGGCAAUAGGUCCCACCAGCACUGGCCAAAGGAGCAGCGCCUCGGCCGCCGGGCUUGGUCAAUACUGGUCCAUCGGCGUUGAUCAGCUCGGCCUCCGCAAGAACAGCGACCCCUUCUCGAACAACCCCGUUGCCAAAGAAGAGGCGUAUGAGGACUUCACGAAGACGAAGCUUGGACUGGUACAAUACGGCUUAGGCCUCACUGCGGCGCCUGCUACCUCUGCGGCCGCUGUUUUGCCUCCUCCUGCUUCGCCGGAUUCCACCGCCGUCACCGUUGCAAGUGCGUCUGCUACUGCCGAGCUGACCAGUUUAUUUGCAACCACUGCCACCACCGAUGCUAUCAGCUACAAUAGUAACUUGCAAGGACCAGCGGACGAUGUUGGGUUCGCGGGCGCAGCGGCAGCGGCAGGGGCAGGGGCCACGGGCGUGUUGGGCAGGGGCGCCGCGGUGGUGUGCUUCGCGGGCACCAGCGCCGCGUGCAGCGUCCCGGCCACGCACCUCGACGUCAAGCUCUACUUCGGGGACGGGGCCGUCCUCUUCCGCUGCAACGGCGACCGCGCCGAGCCGCUCCUCGUCGACGACGCCGGCCUCACCGUCGAGCCGCUCCAGCACGGCGGGGUCUACUACUGUGUGCUCAUAUAGCAUGAACCGCGCGCCUCCCCAUCGCACUAAUCAAGUGAUGCUCCUCUCUAUAUAUAUGAUCUAGAUUCAGUAGUUUUCUAGUAGUACUAUGUAGCUUAUUCUCUCAUGACCGUUGUCCGUCCAUCGUAUUGGAAAAGGGCUACUAGUAUUCCAAAACUUAAGCUAUUAUCGCAUGCUUGUGAGCAGUGAUCGUGCCGUUUAUUACCAAAUUUCUGAUCAAUUGAUUGACGUCGAUAUACUCCAUCAUCAUGAAAAUAAUAAUCAUGA